UUUUAUUCUUGAUUUGACUUUUGCGUGCCAAUGGGGCCCGCUGCUGGGCUCGCCUACCGAUAACGUGCUGUCAUCCGCCCCGGUGCCGUUACUGUGGUCCCGGGUCUUUGGUAGCGGACUCAGCCCUCCGUAGCCGUGUAGGUCGCUCAGGAAAUCACGAAGUUCCUCGGCAGCGCCCCCCUGUUGGGAGAGCGUCGAGAUACGCCGGUUGCCUCCGACAUGACACUAGAGGGCCAACCCGAGCCCUGUAUAUCUUCUCCCCACGCCGCUGCCUCACCCCCGCCAAACCAGCUCCGCUCUGUCCCCCCGGGCGCAUCGUCGACCAACGGCUGUUCUACUCCAUUCGCUCAUCCUGCUCGCCGUACGGGGAACGUUAGAAUUAGCCCUAGCAGCAGUAAUCAGCUGGACGAGCUUGCCGGGAGGAUCGAAAGAGAAGACGGCCAGUCGACGCGAGCACCUGAUACUAGCCGGCAUCGGCAUGGUCUGGCAUCUCGCUCAUUGACGGGCGAACUGUCUGAGCGUGGGCUUCUCCCGUCCGGAACUCGGGCCCCGGUGAUCUCGACGGGACCGCCACUAGGACGCCCUCAGGGCAAGAGGUACUCGGCGACGGACAAGAGCGCCGCGCGCCCUUUCGGGUCGCCGACCAAGAAGCCCCGGCUUGUGGCGCCUGGAAAUCUCUCAUUACCGUCCCCCUUGGACGAGACGAUUCCCGUCCAGUCGGCCGUGGCAUCUCCCCUCUUCUUCUCCAACUCGCCGAGGCGUCUGCUCAAUCGCCCACCCAGCGUUCCUACUCCGGAAGUGCCCCCCUCCAGAAUGGGUGGCAGGAACGAGGCUCUCGGUGAAGUGACUACGCUCCGCUUGCCGAAAGGCCAGGUCAGCGUGACAAGUCCUGCGAGGUCGUCGGGCACCCCGCGUAGCUGGUCAUCAACCGACCUUUCUAGUCUCUCCCGCAGCCCCGAUGGUUGGCCACAGCCGUCCGUCGUUCAGCUUCUUCAGGGGAUCGGGGUCGUCGAGCUGUUGGAAGAAGACGAACGGCCGACCUUCAUCAUCGACCUCAAUGACCCGGCAAACUUCCACCCUGGUCCUCUGCAUCUUCUCUACGCUAACGUCGCGUUGAGAACAACGCCCAAUGUCCUACACUUGCUGCAGCUCAACCAAGCAGAAUCGCGGCACAGCCCCGAAUUUGCCGCGUUCAAGACGUGGGCCGCCAGUUUGGUGGGAGACAAGUCGAGUACCAAUGCUGCUGCUCAGUCUGCCCCCUAUGCUGGGUUUCCGUGGACUUUUUCGACCCUCCGGAGGCGCUUCCGAAUCAUUCGUGGAUACCAGAACAUGACCUUCAACGCAACGACCUCCCCGAGCCAAACACCAACAUCCGAACCCUCGCCUGCCGCCGAACUGUUACCAAGCGGGCGCUGGCCAGAAGAGAGGCUCGCCUCGCCCGGAGAACGCAGCGAUUACUUUGGGACAGCUGGGCGGACGCACCCCCGUUCUCACUCUGAGCCCCGCAGCAGGGCUGGCUCAACUGCCGACACUGUUGUCCGCCCCUUUGAUGACCUGGCGCUCUCGUCUCCACCGCUACGUACAACGUUUGACUGGACUUGUAUUCCCAUCGACGACCCCGGCCUCUCCGCUCACCAUCGGUUUGCACGGUCGAUCGACUGGGCGUCCACUCCGCUCGGGCCCAUCGAGUUGUGGCCGCUCGAAUUGCGGAUAAUGUCAUCUAUGAUCAUGGGCAGCCCGCAUCCGGCCGCGCUCUACUGGGGUCGAGACUAUGUUGCUAUCUACAACGAGGCCUACAUCUCUCUUGCUGGCCAAAAACACCCCCGACUAAUGGGCUCUCGGUAUCGGGACGCCUGGCCCGAGAUAUGGGGCCAGAUCCAGCCAGUUUUCGAUGCCGCCUGGGAUAGUGGGCAUGCAACAAUGAAGAACGAUGACACACUCUUCGUAUCCCGCCACGGCUUCAUGGAGGAGGCCUUUUUCAACUGGGCAGUCAUCCCUCUGUUGGGAGGCGACGGGACAGUCGUGGCCAUCUACAACCCAGCGUUCGAGAAUACGCGCCGGAGGGUCGUCGAGCGCCGCAUGCUGACACUUCGCGAGAUCGGCAUCGAGACAGCGCAGGCCCGCGACGUGAAGGGGUUUUGGGCUCAGCUCCAGAAGGGCCUCGAGUACAAUGAACUAGAUGCUCCUUUUGCCCUCAUUUACUCGGUCGGCGAAGAUAGCGAGAGUGAAGUCUCGUCUCUAAAUUCGGGGAGCGUCGCACACCCGCCGCAAAUAGUCCUCGAAGGUUCCAUCGGCACACCCGACGGCCACCCCUGCGCCGUUUCGUCUAUCGAUUUGCGGUUCAGCGACGAAGGAUUCGCCCCAUACCUAAGAGAAUCGAUGGCGCACCCGGCAACUCCUAUCGUACUCAGCGAGGCUGACGGCACCCUGCCGACCGCACUAAUAGAAGGCAUCGCGUGGGCCGGGUAUGGCGACCCGUGCCAUACUAUAGUCGUAUUUCCCGUGCAUCUCACGACAGCAGGAGAUGCUGUGGUUGGGUUCAUCGUUCUGGGUGCGAACCCACGGCGCCCCUAUAACGAGGAUUACCAACUCUUUAUCAACCUCCUCGCCCGUCAGCUCGCUACCUCCUUAGCCUCUGUGGUUUUGUUCGAGGAGGAAAUCAGGCGCGGACAGAAGGCUGCCCGCCUAGCCGCGCUCGAUCGGCAAGAACUCUCAUUGCAACUUCACCUUCGGACACAGGAGGCCGUCGAGAGCGAAUACCGGUUUACGAGAAUGGCUGAGUUUGGGCCCGUGGGCUUGUUCAUUGCGGACGGUCACGGGCACAUCAACUACUGCAAUGAGAUGUGGUACAGGAUAUCUGGGCUCCCGAGAAACGCCAGCACCUUCGCCGCGUGGAUGCAGAGCAUCCGGGACGAGGACCGGCUUGGCACAGAGCUCGCGUGGCGCCGUGUCGUCGAGGAUAAGAGGGCCGUGACGCACGAAUUCCGGUUCAACGGCUCCAGAGAACUCAUUGAUGGCCAUCUGGUCGAUGUUUGGGUCUUGAUGAGCGCCUACCCCGAGAGAGACGGGUCCGGGGGUGUCAAGAGCAUCUUCGGCUGUAUCACCGACAUCUCGCAACAGAAGUGGGCCGAAAGCGUCCAGAAGCAGCGACGGGACGAGGCGGUUGAGCUGAAGCGCCAGCAGGAGAAUUUCAUCGACAUAACCAGUCAUGAAAUGCGAAAUCCCCUGAGCGCCAUGCUGCAGUGCGCCGACGAGAUAGCGUCAGGUUUGAGUCGAUACACCCAAGGGGACCCAUCGAUUCGCGCUCCCAGUGCAAUGAACGCCUUGGUCGAAAGCUGCGUCGAGGCAGCCAGCAUUAUCUCGUUGUGUGCAAACCAUCAGAAGCGGAUCGUGGACGACAUCCUGACCCUGUCCAAGCUGGAUUCGAACCUGCUACUCGUGACGCCUGUCGAUGUACAACCUGUCACGGUAGUGCAAGAUGUGCUCAAGAUGUUCGAGGCUGAACUCAGCUCAAAUGGUAUCGACGGGCAGGUAACGGUCGAAAAGUCGUACCGAGAUCUAGCCGUUGACUGGGUGAAACUAGACCCUUCGCGUCUUCGCCAGGUUCUUAUCAACCUGAUGAGCAACGCCAUUCGAUUCACACAGAACCAGCCGACGCGAUCGAUCGCAAUCAGUAUCGGCGCAUCUACAGACGUGUGGGAGGACGGCUUGCCGUACGUUCCUCCCCGAAAGCCACCAGCGGAAGAUUUUACAGAUGAAGCCGACUGGGCUGGUGGUGAGAAGGUCAAUAUCCACUUCGCCAUCACCGACUCCGGCCCGGGACUGGAUGACAAUGAAAAACAAAUCCUGUUGCAGCAGUUCAGCCAAGCAAGCCCGAGGACUCACGUCCAAUACGGCGGUUCAGGCCUAGGGCUCUACAUCUGCCGGACAUUGACAGAGCUGCAGGGCGGUCAAAUUGCGGUACAAUCUACGAAGGGGCAAGGAAGCACGUUUGCCUUCUACAUCAAGGGUCGAAAGUCAGACUUUACGCCCGUCGACUCGCCGCUUCCCACACCCACACUCACGCCCACGCCCACGCCCACCUCAAAUGACAACGUUCCUCUCCCGGGACCUCUGCACAGUGUGCCGUUAGAACAAAUACCGUCUCCCGCGAGAUCUGCCACACCGACGACUGAGGCCGCUCAGCAACCGCUACCGCCAUCCCCCAUGGUGCAGCCGGACCCGUCCCGGCUCGAUAUCCUGGUGGUUGAGGACAACCUAGUGAACCAAAAGGUCCUGAAGCGACAGCUGGAGUUCGCUGGGAGCAACACGUACGUCGCCAACCACGGCGGGGAGGCUCUGGCCGAGCUCCGCCGUUCUCGCUUCUGGUACGAAUGCGCCACAGCCCCAGAGAGCAAGUCUGGCGGGCUGGCGCCGCCAGAUCCCGGGCCGACAAACUACAGCAACAAUUGCCGGAAUAUCUCGGUCAUCUUGAUGGACCUUGAAAUGCCCGUCAUGGAUGGCAUCAGCUGCACCCGUGAGAUUAGGCGGCUAGAAGCGGAAGGAGUCAUCACUCAGCAUAUCCCCAUCAUCGCUGUCACUGCCUAUGCGCGGCCGGAGCAGGUGGAGAACGCGAAGGCCGCGGGCGUUGAUGGCGUCAUCUCGAAACCGUUUCGAAUCUCGGAACUAAUACCCAAAAUCGAGGAGCUCGUGCUAAAAUACAACAUGGUGCCAGCACCAUGUUGACACUGGGGGGAUAUCUUAGCGGAGAGGAGGCUGAGAUCAGGAUACUAGGCAUUAAUUUGAGAGUGGUAUACGCGUGGAUGGAGCUCUGAGAGAAUGCACAGAGGCGUUGGGGCCGUGCGGGCUACGGACACUGAGGCGUUGAGUUGUCGCGAUAGUCGAAAGAGGCAGGAUGCAAUGGGUGAAUGAAUGACUAGUGUGGGAAGAUACUGUGGCGUUUUGUGAUCUGUCUGACACGACUGGUGCUGCUUUGCGGGCGUUGGGGAGGGAAAAAAAAAGAGUUGGGAGUCAACAGCCAGGGGUGGACUGAGCCCGGGGGAGAGGAUUGAUAGGGAGAGGGAUCUGUGAAGGGGCGGAGGAUAUACCACCUUGCAGGAUAUGUUUAGUUUGGGGUACCUACCUAAUCAUUAAGGAGCCGAUUUGCUGUGUAGGAUGGCAAACAUGGUGAUGGUGAUGGUGAU